AUGUUGCAACCACCGGAGCCGGUCUCGCGGCCGCUCAGUAUAAGGACGACGGGCACCAGUGCCACGGUGCAGGACAAAACUGGAGAAACCUGGAAGAUGAACGUUACCAAGGACAACUGCUGGGAGGACUUGAUACUCACGCUAGAUGGAGGUGGCAUCCGUGGCUACUCAAGCCUCCUGAUUAUCCAACGCCUCAUGCACGAAAUUGCAAUAUGCGAACGCCGGUUACAAACACAAGAAGGCCCUGUAGAGGGUAGCGAACGACGCGCAUUCAACGAAGACGAACUACUGCCAUGUCAUUACUUCGACUUCAUGUACGGAACCAGUACGGGCGGACUCAUCUCCGUCAUGCUGGCUAGGUUGCGUAUGAGCGUUCCACAAUGCCUCGAACUAUACCGUAAAGUAGGACACGAGCUGUUUGGACACAGGAGGAGUGUGCUGCCUCUGGCUACCAAAUACCACCACAAGCCAUUAGAGAAAGCCGUGCAAGAUAUCGUCAGGCAAUACUGCAAGGAGCACGACCACUGUACAGGAGAUGACUGGCAUCCAUGGGUUUUAGAGGAAGAGAGCGCUCCAGCGCAAGCGAUGGUCAACGAACCAGGUACAGGCUCAUUACAAAGCUCGACUACUUGGUCAAAUGGUGGUGAGCCGUCGAUCAGAGGCAAGCCAACAGAGCGGAUAUGUCAAUCUAUUUGUCUGACUGCCACCCACUCCGGCCAAAUCGACGAAGCACACCUUCUCCGCUCAUACAACCACCAAUACGAUCCCGAUAUCGCUCCACCUUGGGUUACAAACUACAAUGCCGGUGCCGACAAAUUGAAGAUAUGGCAGGUGACACGAGCUACUUCUGCAGCUCCUUUCUACUUUGAGAUGCUCACUGCCGAGAUCGGCAGCGGGAGAAACAGAAAGCGAGUGAGCUUCAAAGAUGGAGGAAUUCGCGAAAACAACCCCUCGUAUGCUGCUUAUAGUGAGCAUGCUUCGCUGAACGGUGACGAUAAAGAGCCAGGCUUGUUGCUUUCUAUUGGGACAGGACGCCCGGAUACCACAAAUGACGGAUUCGCGGCGGUUUGGCCUGGCCCAUUAGGAAAAGUCAAGGCGCUGCAGAAGUGGAGUGAGAAGCUGGCUGUUUUCAAGAACGUCCUGAUCAAAUACACCGAAGGUGAAGAUCGUCAUAAGAUGAUGCGUACAAUAGCCAAGGGAGAACAUCGAUGGUACAAGCGCCUCAACGUCGACAAGGGGCUCGAAGGCCUACCGCUUGACAGCUGGGAGAAGGGACAAUGGACCAAUCCGCAAACGAAUGAAAGGAAAGAGGUUCCUGGAGGUAAAACGCUUUCCACUAUGGAGCGAGCAACGGAGGCAUAUCUUGAGAGGAAUACGAUCGCCAGCCCAGGAGGCCUGACCGAGUACCAGCCUCCUAAGAUUGUUCUGCAACAGGUAGCGGAAAGGCUAGUGCGGCAUAGGAGGUUAAGGGAAGCAACGAAAGCGGACGACCCCAGGAGAUGGCAAACACAUAUGGGUCAAUGGCUUACUGGCGAGUUGAAGCCAGAGGACGCUAUGCGAGUCCCUGUCAAGCCAGAGCCUAGAAAGGGUUCGCGGGGCUUCGUCUCUGGGUCCCGCCCCAUAACGCCCAGCGGUAAAGCACCCGACAUUGCUUCGUGA